CAGGUGAACAAGGUGAUGUCCAUCUUGUUUUAUGUGAUAUUUCUCGCUUAUCUCCGUGGCAUCCAAGGUAACAACAUGGAUCAAAGGAGUUUGCCAGAAGACUCACUAAAUUCCCUGAUAAUUAAGCUGAUCCAGGCAGAUAUUUUGAAAAACAAGCUUUCCAAGCAGAUGGUGGACGUUAAGGAAAACUACCAGAGCACCCUGCCCAAAGCAGAGGCCCCCCGAGAGCCGGAGCAGGGCGAGCCCGCCAAGUCGGAAUUCCAGCCGAUGAUUGCAAUGGACACAGAACUGCUGCGGCAACAGAGACGCUACAACUCACCCCGGGUCCUGCUGAGUGACAGCACCCCCUUGGAGCCCCCUCCCUUGUAUCUCAUGGAGGAUUACGUGGGCAACCCUGUGGUGGCGAACAGAACAUCGCGGCGGAAGAGGUACGCAGAGCACAAGAGUCACCGAGGGGAGUACUCCGUGUGUGACAGCGAGAGUCUGUGGGUGACCGACAAGUCAUCGGCCAUCGACAUUCGGGGACACCAGGUCACGGUGCUGGGGGAGAUCAAAACCGGCAACUCUCCCGUCAAACAAUAUUUUUAUGAGACGAGAUGUAAAGAAGCCAGGCCCGUCAAAAACGGUUGCAGGGGGAUUGACGAUAAACACUGGAACUCUCAGUGCAAAACGUCCCAAACCUAUGUCCGAGCACUGACGUCAGAAAACAAUAAACUCGUAGGCUGGCGGUGGAUACGGAUAGACACCUCCUGUGUGUGUGCCUUGUCGAGAAAAAUUGGAAGAACAUAAAUUGGCGUCUCUCCCCAUAUAUAAAUUAUUACUUUAAAUUAUAUGAUAUGCAUGUAGCAUAUAAAUGUUUAUAUUGUUUUUAUAUAUUAUAAGUUGACCUUUAUUUAUUAAACUUCAGCAACCCUACAGUAUAUAAGCUUUUUUCUCAAUAAAAUCAGUGUGCUUGCCUUCCCUCAGGCCUCUCCCAUCUGUUAAACCUUAUUUU